AUGAAAUUGAGAAGGAAAGAUCGAAAUAAUAAAUUAGCAGUUUUAGCACAGCUCCAGCACAGCAAGAUGUGCUAUGAAAUGCCAAUUCGUCAGAUUUGUCGUUCCGAGUCGGAUCAGUUUUUAGAGAAGAAAUAUUUUUUAAUCGGAUUUCGGAUGCUGAUGAAGAACACAGCAAGAAUAAAUGACAAAGUGGAAGAAACUAUAUUUUGCUUUCAUUAUCCAGUAUUUCUAUGCUACGGUGCUGAUGAAGAACACAGUAAGAAUGAACGACAAAAUGAAACAACAUUUUGCUUUGCUAUGGUGCUGAUGAAGAACACAAUUGUCGACAACAUUUGCCUUAAAGAAAAGCUAAAUUCAUCAUUCUACUCACUAAGAUAUCAAAGGAAACUUUUGCAAGAAUCCAUUACUUUUCUACACGCUAAUCUACCUAAUAAUGUCUCACUUGAAUUAAUUAAGCUGGAUAAGCCUAAAACUGAUAACGAAAUUACGGUUGCCUUGCAAGUUGGUGAUGGAUCGAGGCUACAACAUUCCUUUCCAGCUUCAACAUCAUUGUGGGAUAUUAUACAGCACUGGGAGAAUCAGUAUUCCAGAAAGAAUUUGCCCUCACUACUUACAACAGAAGCAAACAAAGUUAUCUCGUGUGUUUACAUGCACCAACAGAUCUCUGGUCGAAAUGCCUUACAACGAACAUUUUUGAGAUCGUUGGGCUUGGAUAGCGGAAGAGCAAUUAUCAGAUUACAUUAUCGAGAUGGUCAGGACGAAGAUAACCGUGAGCUUAAUUCUGAAGUGGAAAGGACCUUUAAUGUGACUAAUACCGUUUCUGUGCCAUCUGAACCAAGUGCAGAGGAGGAGGGAACAACCAUAGAAACAAGUCAGAUCAAUGUAGAAGAGAGAUUCACGAAAGUUCCUUCAAAUCUGCCAGCUGCAAAUAUUGAAGCUUCAGGUUCAAGAAUAACGCUGUCUCAUCAGGCCGAUGAUCAUCAACUUUCGGAAAUAACUCCUCAAGAAUUCACUUCUAAUGUAGUUGAAAGCGAUACUAAUUCAGGCGCUUCUCAUGCACCCGACAUUCCAUUACCGAUGGAAACUGUGCCAGCUCCGAUCGAAUCAAAAGAGAACUCUCAAUCAGACAUUGGGGAGCCUGUAAAUGAUAAUCCUAUCAAAAAGAAAUGGGUGACCGAAGGCAAGCCUGAUGAAGACGUAAAACGCCGAAAGAUCGAUGAUGAUAACAUACUUGGAAAAGAUGGCAACUCUGGAGACAUGAACAAAGUAAGUUUCGUCGUUGUAUUAGGAGUGAAGGACGUAGACCUUUGUCCAGUGGUUUACCACCUAGAUGACAUUGAAGGUUUUGAAAUCGAUUCUGAGGUAUAUUCUGACGAUUUCUAUGAUGUUUCCGUUGAUGACAUUAAACAAAUGCUUCAAGGAUUACAUUAUACCAAAUCUCAUUACUCGAACAAAGAUCAGCAGAUUCUUAUGACUAAGGAUUUACGAGAUAAAAGAGCUUUGGAAAGUGCUCAAAUUUACGAUAAGGCAGCAAUUCGUUUCUACUUUCCAGAUAAGUUUGUGAUACAGGCGUUUUUUAAAGUUUCUGCAAAAUUGGAAUAUGUGUUGCGUACUCAUUCGCUUGAUACUUUAUCGGAUCUAGUAACUGAAGUUGAAAAAUUUGUAAAAUCAACACUGAAUGAUGUAAACAUGCCGUUCUAUUUAUAUACUGCACCACCAAAAAGGAUUUUAAAUAAAAAGGAUAUGAGAUUAUAUCAGGCUGGGCUGGUUCCUAAGGCUAUCAUUCAUGUUGGAUGUGAUACGAAGCUAGAUAGUUAUUUAGCCCCGCAGUACCUUGAUAUGCGCGUAAAUCCAAACUCUCCUGGUCUGUUAAGAGAUGUGGACAUUAGCAGAAAAACUCAAGCAAGUGAUAGUGGAUUAGAUGCAGCAUCUAGUAAAAUUAGUGAAAAAUCUAGAGCAGAUAAUAUCAAGAAAGGAGUAGAAACUAACGAAAAACAACAACAAACACGAAAUAAAGAUAACAAAGAUAGAAAGGUUCCAAGAUGGUUCCAAAUUGGUAAAAACAGUUAUUAA